UACAACCUACGGCAAACCCGAAUUCAUGAUGGAUCUGAGAUAUGUUGUGAAGAUCUUUCUGACUAUGGCUUUAGUGCAGCCGCUUCUCAUGCAUGUGUCCAUCACAGUAGCUUUUUUUGCUACUGUGCUGCUGUUUUUGGUUAUUUACCUGUUCUCCAUCAGCUCCAGCUCUCAGGAUGAGGGAAAAUAUCCUCCGGGACCCAAACCGCUGCCACUGCUGGGAAACCUGCAUAUGCUCAACCUCAAGAAAACCUACAUGAGCCUUUGGGAGCUGUCAAAACAAUAUGGAUCGGUUUUCACGGUGCACUUUGGCCCCAAAAAAGUGGUAAUAUUGACAGGAUACAAGGCUGUCAAACAGGCACUAGUGAACCUUUCAGACGAGUUUGGAGACAGAGAUAUUACACCCAUAUUUCGUGAUUUCAAUGAUGGAUUUGGUAUCUCAUUUUCCAAUGGUGAAAACUGGAGGGAAAUGAGACGCUUUGCUCUUGCAAACCUGCGAGACUUCGGAAUGGGCAAGAAAAGAAGUGAAGAGAUCAUCAAUGAAGAAACACAAUAUUUAAAAGAGGAAUUUGAGAAGUUUGAAGGAAAACCAUUUGAUACAACUAAGCCUGUAAACCUUGCAGUUUCAAACAUCAUCUCUACAAUUGUCUAUGGCAGCAGAUUUGAGUAUAACAACACUGAGUUUCAUCACAUGGUCAGACGAGCUUCCACGACUAUGGAGAUGAUUGGAUCAGCAUCAGUUCAGCUCUACAACAUGUUUCCUUGGGUUCGCUGUUUUGUGAAGAACCAGAAACGUAUCUUGAACAAUGUCAGAGAGGCCGUCAAACGAAGUGAGAAACUCGUGAAUGCAUUGCAAAAGACUUUGAAUCCUCAGAACCCCAGAGGAAUCGCUGACUCUUUCCUCAUUCGACAGCAAAAGGACGAGGGAUCAAGUGAAUCAGCGACUCUUUUCCAUUCGGUGAAUCUUCAUUGUACAAUUAAUAACCUAUUUGGUGCUGGUACCGACACUAUGACUACAACACUGCGCUGGGGUCUUCUGCUCAUGGCCAAAUACCCUGAAAUACAAGCCGAGGUUCAUGAUGAGAUUCACCGAGUGAUCGGUGGACGUCAGCCAGUGGCAGAAGACAGGAAGAACUUACCAUAUACAGACGCUGUGAUCCAUGAAACCCAGAGAUUUGCAAACAUAGUACCCAUAAGCGUCCCCCGUCAGACCACCUGUGAUGUUCACCUGAAUGGAUACCUCAUCAAGAAGGGUACCAGUGUGUGGCCACUACUGGCAUCUGUACUGAGGGAUGAAAAUGAGUGGGAAACUCCUGACAGCUUCAACCCAAGUCAUUUCCUAAAUGAGCAAGGCCAUUUUGUCAAAAGGGAAGCCUUCAUGCCCUUCUCUGCAGGCCGCAGGGUUUGUCUUGGAGAGGGUUUGGCCAGGAUGGAGCUCUUCCUGUUCUUCACCUCCCUCCUUCAGAAUUUCCGCUUCACUCCUCCUCCAGGAGUGUCUGAAGAUGAGCUGGAUCUCUCACCAGUCGUGGGCCUCACUCUGAACCCGCCCCCCCACAAACUGUGUGCAGUCAAACACUCCUGAUGAUUUAAACAUCUUCAAUUUUUUUAAUCUUCAGUCACAUUUUGUUUAAAGGUUUGCAUUUGUUUACAAAAAACUAAGUUACUGUUUGAUUGUUUAAACAGAUAAAUGGACAGACAAACAUCAAAAACACGACACAGAGAAAAACAUACAAUAGGUCUGCAUCUUGCAAUUGCCCCUGAAAAGAUGAAAUCAAUGCAAUAUUUUAUAUGAGGCCCCUGAUAUUUUAUUUUUUAUCCUGUACAGUUUGUUGCCAUUUUUACUUGGAAAAUCACACAGACACUGCUAUAGUCAUGUGCAGCAGGUUUGUGGCAGUCCACUUCUCAGCCUAUUCAACAAUGCUAUUGGUUGCUGAGCAUGUUCCCUUGAAUUCCCAUUGUGAAAUAAUAAUUUUAAGUCAUGUGAAAACAUCCACACAAUUGCAGCACAAGCCUGUCAAUUUUUCAUCUGUUUCAAAGCAAUAGAUAUUUAUAUCACCUCUCUCAAAAAAAGAAGAAAAAAAGAAAAA